AUGAGGGCCCGCAGCGCCAGAUCGACAUGGCUCGUCGAUCAGAGUUCUGCGUUCUGCGAUGACUCCCGUUUGGUGUUCGAACAGCAAGCUGGGCUGGCGCCAGGGAGGCUGAAUGAGGAGGCGCCCGCACCAGACGGCAUGGCUCGCGAACACAGUGGCGAGCGCGGCACUGAGGAAGGCAGCGGCGGCUGCACACGCCCUGCCUGUCCUGCUUCGUUUUCGCCGUCCGCUGCUUCCUCCUCCUCUCCCUCCGCGUCCGCGUCCUCCGCAGACUGGAGGCGUUUGAUGCCGGCGCGCCGCAGAGAAGGAGAGGAGAUGAACGAGUACGCGCGCGAGGCUCUGCGCAUGCUGGGGUCUCCGUCCGUGUCUCCCGCGUGGCCUCUCCCUGCCUCGGCAGAGACUGCGUGGGAGCUUUUGGAUGCGGAGGCCGGCGGGGACAGCCCAGUUGAGAGACUCGCCUCUCCUCUCUCUUCGAACGAAGGAGAGCGCACAGUCCUCUCUUGCGUUACGCGCGUGCCCCAGCCGGUUCGCUGGCUAGGCGGCGAGGGUGACCGCGUGCCGACGUCCGGAGACCCGAGUCUCUCCCGGUCUUCUGCUCCCUUGGCUUCGCAUGUCUCCGCCGCCGCUGGGGAGUCCUCGCCGCAUGCCCCGGGGCCUGUAAACUCCACGGCGGCGCGCGCGACUCUUGCGCGCGCGCCUUGGGCGGUCGCGGGGGGAUUUCCUGUGGCUGCGUCUCCCUCAACAAGCGCGUGGACUGCGGCCUCGUCGGCUGGCACAGACUGUGUGGCCCUGUCGCCUCUGCAGUGUAUGGCUGCGACUUCGCAUAGGCGCCAGCCAGAGCGGUCGCGCGACGACCUAGAGCCAUUUUCUGCGUUUUCUGCUUCCGCGGUCCGCCUGUCGAGCGCCUCCAGUCGAAUUCUGCCUCCCUUCUGGCCUCUCUUCUCGCCUUCGCCGCAGCGCACGUCCUCUGCCGUGCAGGCCUCUCGCACGCGUGCCCGCCCCGACCGCGGCACGGCUCAGGAGUCUGCCGAGUCUCCCGGAUCUCCUGAGUCGCCCGAGUCUCCUUUUCCUUCUCCACGGCCGUGGGGUGCGCCUGCGUGGCCUCUCCGACAUGCGUCCGCGUCCUCGCCGUCGUCUUCCCUUUCGCCUUCGCUCCAGUCAGCUCCGUCGCCCGCGGGACCUUCGCGCCCCCCCUCUCCCCCCGCGCAGCCGUCGCUGCAGGCGUCGCCCUCCGAGCGCUCGACUUCUUCCUCGCUCUCUGCGCCGUUCCACGCGUUCUCCGCGCCCGUGUCUGUCGGGCGCCUGCAGACGCGGCCGCUCAGCGGCUCGCGAAGGAGCGUCUCCUUCGCGUCGCCCCUCGAGGCGGAGGGAGGCAGACCCGGUUUGCUGGUGCCGUGGGGCCGGGGACGCGACGUCCGCGGCCGCAGCGCGAAUUCGUCGCCAGUCUCGCAAGAGGAGAGACCGGCAUUCAUCACGCCGUCAGUGCGCGGUGUCUUUGCAGCGCCGUCCCCUCCGCCGACGCCCCUAUCGCCCAGAGCGUCGGGCGCGUCGGACCUGUCUCUGGCCCCGGAGCGGCCGGGGGAGGGGCGCCGCCGCCAGGUGCAAAUCGAAGACGACAGCAGCGACGACUCAGGCGGCGACCUGCUCGACGAUGCGCACUAUGGCCUCCGCCUCCUCAUCGCGGUUAACUACCCUCGCUGGAUCAAUCUGAGCCGCCUGGUGCGCGGGACGUUUGGGUACCCCGGCACGCCCUCGACGACGUGUUCCUCGCGCUCCGGCGCGACGAGCCGCGGAGACCUCUGGGGCGACAGGAACGACCGCGCAGCGGACCCGGGGGACGGGGGCAGUCCGGCGCAGGCCGGCGGGAGCGCGCCGGCGCGCGAGGGCGGGGCGCGGCCGCAGCGCCCGAGAGAGCUCCAGAGCGGAGGAGGCGAGCGAGCAGGCCCCCCCCGCCAAGGAGCCGACGCGGACGACGGAGGCGAAGUGCGGAGACUGCGCAUGCAGGAGCUCGUGUCCGCGGCGCUCUCGUUCUAUUGCCCGCCGCAGAGAGACGGCGACGUGGACGUUUGCGCGGAAAGUGAUACAGUGCACCGCUUUGUAUCCCACUCGCCCCCUUCCUCUGGCUCAAUGGCGACCGGAGGCACCAGUUCGCCCUGCGCGGGUUUCUCGCCUCUGCCGUCCCUCGGGCGAGACGGCGAGGGCGGAAGUCGACAAGGCGAGGGAGGCCGCGAGAGCCGCGACGCCUCCCCCGAGAACGCGUCGUCCCCCAUGGAAAGGCGUCCCUCCGGCCCACUGCGGCCAGCACCCGCGCAUCCUCUUGCCGUCUGUGCGAGCGGCGCGAACGCCGCAGCGGCGGUCCCCGGAGCGCGCGCCCCAGGAGGCGCGCGCCUUCGCUCGGACCGAAGUCUCGAGUGUGGGGUCGGGAGCGGAGCAGCAUCGUCUGGGGGAUCGAGCGACGACUCGAGGCACAGGCGACUGGAUCGCGCAAUAGGGCGAGACAGCUCUCAGGGGAGAGCCGCAGGGGGCGACGAGGGACAGCGAAGCGCGAUGGCCAGCGGCGGGCGAGGCGAGACUGCGAGGCGUGCUCUUUCCGGACCUCCGCCGGCUUUUCCGCCCCCUGCGCCGACCUCCGCUUCUCCACGCCCUUCGUCUGCGCGAGAGACGGCGCCGGAGGCCCGCGCGCGCUCCGCGGCGAUCCACGCUGAGACGGGGGAGACCGGCGAAGGCGGGAGCGGAGAGGCGGAGGAGGCAGACGGCAUGGAGGAACGACGUUUGAGGGGAGAGGCAGGCGGAGAGACGCCAGAAGGAGCGUGCGGUUUCGCAGAGGCGGCAGCUGACACGGGGGGGUUCGAUAGACGGCAGCCGGGAGACGGCGACGCAUUCUCGUUUUCGCCGUUUCCUCCGGGCUUUUACGAAGCUUCAGUGGACCAAGGAAAACAGAACACUUGCCGCGAGACUUGGGGCGAAGAGGAGGAAGGGGCUGCCGUCUCCCGUUCUGCUCCGAGCGAGCCGCUCCUCUCUCUCUGGUCGGCGAACUCGUUCGCAGGAGGAUAUGUCCCUCCGCACCAGGUCUAUGGCGACAUGCGUGCGCAGCCUUUCUGGGCCUUCGCGCCGGCGGCGCCCGAUGGGUUGCCUGCCGUCUACGUUCCCCACGAGUCUUUGUCGCGAACGCCGUUCUAUGUCCUUCCCCUGCCUGCUCCGUCUCCGCUCGCCUCAGGCCCCCCGUCUUCGCUGCCUCGUGUCGGUCCUACUCCGUUCGAGUCUCAGCUCCCGGCGUCUUCUCCGCGCUCUUCUCGUCGCUUCGCAGCUUACGCUGCGCGCCCGUCCUAUACCUACGCUUAUACGGUCACGUCCGCGCCAGUGCCUGCGUACUCUCCGUCUCCUUGGAAUGCAGCGGCUGCGACUGCGCCGAGCCACUCCUCUUCACUGUCUCCUCCGUAUGCGUGUCCCCACUACGCGGCGCGUUCUGCUUUUUACCCUACGCCAUACUGUGCUUCCGCGUACGGGGCCCCUCUUGAGUGCACUGAUCAAACUUCAACUGCGUCUCUCCCUGCCUCUUCGCAGUCGUAUCCUCUUCCUUCCUAUUCAGCUUUCGCUUCCCCUGUCGCCUCCCCGACGUCCGCUGGCCUGCGCGACGCCUCCGUCUAUGCCCUCCCUCCUGCGCCAGGCGCGACACGCGACUUCGAAGGCGGGCCUUCUUCGUCGUCUCCGUUGCUGUCUGCGUCGAGUCCGCUGCCGUCCUCCGCUGAGGCGCGGGAGACGCUGAUGUCCAUGGCGUCGGCGCCCUCCGAAGCCGCGGCCGCAGUCCGUUUCAACGGUGCGGGUUUUUCAGCGAACCUCUCCGUGUCCUCCUCAUUUUCUCCAUUCUCCUCGUCUUCCGCCGCGUCUCUGUUGCCUCCGUUUUGGGCCCGUGGCAUUUCGGUGCCCUCGUCUCCGCCGGCCUCAGAGGGCCGCGACGUGUCGGGCGCAUCUUCGAUUACGCUGUUCCACGUGGGCCGUGAACGCUUCUUCUCCGACGAGCGCGAAGACGAGUUCUCUGCGCCGGGAGAGGCCGAAGUGCGAGACGGUGGGAGCUGCCCGCCUCUUGCCGUCGACCGCACUGUUUCCGCGCCCGCAGCAGCGCAGACCCCGCAGAGACUCUGCGUGCGCGAAGCCUCGGCGCCAAGCUCCCUCGAGACGGCGGCAGACCAGACUGACAGCGCUGCGGGCGACGGGCGGGGCGACGGGGGCGGAAGACGGAGGACGUGGACUCUUUCGGCGCCCUUUUUCUUCUCUCCCAUGUUGCACUCCCGGCACCUUUCUGCGGUCUUUUUCGCCGAAGGCGAGGCCGACAGCGAGGCCGCGGCGGCAGGCAAAGUGACGCGCGCCAAGUUGGCUGGCGAGGCGGACGACGCCCGCGAAGCAGGCCUGCCUCAAAGCCCCCUGACCGCGUGCGGCCGCGAAGUUGACAGGCAGGAGGUGGAGGUCGCAGAGGCGCAUGAGGAGGGCGACGACGGACAGGAGCGGGCGCUCGGAUUCGAAGCAGACGCAGCCGCGCGUCAGAGAUUCACAGCUUGUUCAGUCACGCGUGUGGAGGUGCAUAAGCCCGAACAUGCCGCCAGAGGUUCGCGACCGGCGUCCCCUCCUGGGGCAGAAAGGCCCUGGGUCGUCGGCGCUUCCUUGGCGACGGAUGACUACGCGUGUAACCUCGCCUCGUUUGCGGCAGGGCCGGACGGGGGACCGCAUCGCAGCGCAGAGGAAGAGGCAGAAACGAAGCGCGGGAAAGGGAAGAGAGAGCCACGCGGGCACGCGGCUGAGGAGGCGUCGAGCAGAGAAAUGGAAGGCCUGCAAGAGUGCUUCUCGACGCGUGUGUCCCCGGACGCGUCCUCCCGCGCUGUGGCCUCGUGCUUCGCGGCCUCGUAUCCGUCUCUGGGGCCCGCCGCCGCUGCGAUGCGUUUCGCUGGUGACUCUGCGAGUCCCUCGGUAGCGGCAUCGAUUUCCGCUCCCAUGCGUCUCUCGCGAACACAGAUGGAGCAGUCUCCAGCCAACGUAGGCUCCGCGCCGUUCCACAGCACUUCAGAGGGGCAGUGGCGCGGCGAGGGAGGCUGGCAAGAAGGCCCCGCACCAGGGUGCGAGGCCCAGGAAGGGGCCUGGGCCGUCCCUUCAGGCGCGACCUUGGAGCCCAAGGCGUUCCGCGCCGGGGCGGGAGAGACAGAGGAACGCUGCGGCGGGCAGGGCGCCGGGCUCGAGUGUUUUGCGAGGAGAGAACGUUAUGGGCCGGCUUUGUUGGAGACAGGGGGGACUCGGGGCACCUCACCGGCAGAAGAACAAAGAGGCGGCGAAAACAAAGAGAAAGCGGAAAGUGGGAGUCAGUCGCCACUGGGUGUUGAGGGGGACGGAGAGAGGCAUGGAGGAGUCCAAGACGGUAGGGGAAGCCCGACUCGAAGGAACGGUGCGCCUCGCGACGCAGAGCUCCGCAGCCCGCACCGCAGACGCACAGGCGAGGCGGAGGCGCUCGAGAGAGGAGGCCCCGCGAGGGCCGAUGCAGCGAACCGAGAGGGGAGUGAGGAGGCCAAAGAGGAAGAGACGAGGAAAGCCCAGCGAGACGCGGGAGAAGAAGGCGGGCAGCGCCAGACAGAAGGACGGUUUCCGAGCGACAGGGGAGGGAGCCGAGGCGAACAGGCGCCGCGCGUGGCGCCGGCCCAGAACGACGCAAGGCCGCCUCAGAGACCGCAGGGGGACGAGAGACGUGGAGGGGGGGGCCCCAGAGGAGAGAGAGAAGAGAGGCGCCUGGUCGCCAUCGAAGUGGGAGGGGGUGGAAUCGUCGCUCGGAGUGCGCAAGAGCUAGACCGGCGCGUCAGCGACCUGCUGCGAGCUGCCGGGGUGGCUGGCCCCACCGCAGGCAACGCUGCGUUUUUCAGGAGACGGGCUCAAAACGGAGGAGGGGGCAGAGAAAGAGUCAACGGCUCGUCGUCAUCGCGGCCCUCGGCAGCCUCUUCUGUGUCAAGCACUUCUUCAUCCUCCGCGCCUCCCGUGUUCGCUCCCGUCUGCGCAGACCGCGACAGCCAGCCGCGGGCGCUGCAGCCGCCGCCCGCAGCACUUUCUGCGUCGCGCACAGGCGCAGCUCUGCGAGAGGAGGGGCGGCUCAGCGGAGGAAACGCCUGGUCGCCCCGCUCUUCGGCGUUCCGUGCGCUGCGGCUCGCUGACAGGCCUGGGGGCCCGAACCUGGGCAGCGCGGGUGCAAGUCGCCCAGACGGCUGCAGAGAGGGCGCGGACCGGCAGCGCGAGAGCCAUGACGAGGAGACCAGGAGCGAGGCAGAGCUCCGCAGCGGCGGAGACACCAGGGGAGCCGGAAGCGAGCGCCUGCCGUCCUCGCUCAGUCUGGGCGAUGGGUGCUUGAGCGCGCGUUCUCCUGGGUCGCGGGCGUCGAUCGCCUCGACCUCGCGUUUGCUGUUCGUAGGGCCGAACCUGAACUUCCAAGAUGACGCCGAGUCCGACGGCGUCGUCUUCCCGGUUCAGGGCCGCACGCCGAGCGGCCGCGACAGCCACGCGGUACCGCACCGCCCCCCGCACUCUCCGCCACCGGAGGCCUUCCACGCCGUGCGGUAUCUCUCCUCGUCGCCUUCGCUGUCUUCCGCGGCCUCCAUCUCCCUCGGGCGGAGUCUCUCGCGACGCCGGGCCCUAGCGGUUCUCGGGGGUCGCGGAGCAGAAGAGCCGCAGCGCCUCUCCGGCUCUCUACUGCGGCGAGGAGACGUGCCUGUGGCGGCCGCUCUGCGUCGGCGCCUCGCGCCUCUCGAGGGGACGUCGCCGGAGCGCGACGGAGACAGAUUUUUUUUCGGCGCGGGAAGCAGCGAGAGCGAGAGGGAGGCGCCCGAGGCGCGCGACCGCGCCGGCGCAUCGUCUGCCUCGUCACACAGCUCCGGCGACGACGACGAAGGCGAGCCGACGCUUAUGAUUUCGCUGGCCGCCGAUGCCCACCCGUUCCCUGCGCGCCGCAGGCUACAGCGACGAAGAACUGCCUCGAGUUCCUCCCGCUCCUCGUCGCCCCUCUCGCGCCGUGCGAGCAGUCGUGGCGCCCGCACGUCCGCGUUUGCCCGCGGGCCGCCCUCGUCCGCGCCGUUUGCUCGUCUGAGCGGCGGAAGAUUCCUCAGAGGCGGGACGGGAGCGGAGGGCUCGUCGCGGCGUGAGCGGGACGCAUCGCGACCUUUUGAUGAGCUGUCUUCGAUUCUCGCUUCUUUGGUCGACGGGGGGGGAGCGGGAGGGGGAGGGGGGGAGCUGGAGCGCGCGGCGCGCAGGCGACUUGACGUGGAGAGGCUGCGAGAGGAGAUCCUCAGCUCGCUGGCGUCGCCGCUGUCUUCGCAGAUGCUGCCGGUGUACGGGGCACAGAGGGCGACAGCUCGCGGGGGGCGUUUGCGUCCGCGGCUGCGAGGCGACGUGGCGGACAGUGGAGACGAAGAGGACGAAGAGGACGAAGAGGACGAGGACGACGCUUCGUCUGUCGUUUUCGGCGAGAGAUUCGAAGGCGGCAACCCCGUGCGGCAGCGGCUCAGGCGCCUCUCCCUGCGGAGGCGGUUUCUGCCCUCGGUUCCGAGGCCUUCUUCGCUCUUCCCGCUCGGCAGUGCGGGGGCGGGAGACAGGCUGGCCUUCGCGUCCGCGUCUGUCUUCCCACAGGCGCCGCACGACGCGAGCCUGAGGCGACGGCCGGCGCUCGGGAGGCGCUCGUACGCGGAAGUGGCGGCAGGCCUGCCGCCGCCGCCAGUCUCGGCUGUCCAUACAGCCGCGAGCAGGUUCAGACGCCAAUGGGAAGAAGAGGUUGGCGAGCCAGAAGACGAGGACCUUCGCGGCCGCAGCAGGUGGAGCGGCAGGCGGCACACCCUCAUCUUGAGCGACGCGGUAUCUCCGCCGUUACAGGCACACGAUGGAGACCGCGGGGAGGGAGAAGACGCCGGCAGGCCGCUCGCGCGAGGGGAGGAAGGCGAGCUGAGGCCGACGUUUUCAACCUCCUCGCAGGCCGCCUGCGAGAUCCAUGCCUGUCUCCGUGCGCUCUUUGCUACGCUGGCGCCCCCGCCCGGCUCCUCGCAGAGACUGAGCAGGCCGCGGCGAAGCGGGUCGAGACGCGAGGCGUCAGAUCCAAGCAGCGACGAGACGGCGCGUCACGACGGGCGACGCGCGCGGCUCGCCUCUGAUCCUUCGCGUGAGCACCGGGGGCUUUCUGGUCGUCUUCGCUUUGCAGGGGAGGAGGGAAGUGGCGCGCGUUUUUCGGAUUCGCAGACAAGCGCGUUGUCUUCAUCUUCGUGUCCGUCCUCCUCCUCCUCGAGCGAAGAAGACGAAGAGGUGAGUCGCGAGUUUGCAGGGGAAGCGCAGCGGCGGUAUGCCGAAGCCAAAGAAGACGAACGCAUCCUGGAGGCCCUGAAAAGCUACACACAGAAACUCAUGUUUCGUUGGCGACGCCUGCUGGCGCUGAAGCGCGACCAAGCGACAGAAAAGGUCCUCGUCGAGGAGAGCGAGAAGGCGGAAGACGGAGAGCUGAGGAGAGAUUGCACAUCAUGGGAUGUGCGAGAGGCGAAGACGCGGUGGCAAAGACAGGAAGACAGAUACGCAAGGGAAGAAACCAAGCUGACGGAGAAGAGCCUAGAUCUGCUACAGUUCUGGGGGUGCGUGGCCAGCUGCGCAGAGUCACGAGGAUCCAUCUGA